CAGUGUGCUUACGACGAGAACACGUUUGACGAAAGCUGCUAAGUUGUGGAUGAAAUUUUUAUUUUAUCGUGGUAAAAUUCUAAUCUGGUAAAAUGGUUAGAACGUAUGUUCGUAAAAGCAAUCAACAGUCUUGGUCAGAGGAAUCGAUGAAAAAUGCUAUUGAUGCUGUUCGGGAGGCAACAUUAAAAUACAAAGCAGCUACUACACAGUUUAAUGUGCCACCAGCAACGUUAUUCCGAAGACUGAAAUUAAAUAGAACAUCUGACCUGGCAGCAAAGAAAGGGCUAGGUAGAUUUAGAACAGUAUUUACGCCAGAACAGGAAAAUGAAUUAAAUGAGCAUGUACUUGACAUGGAACGACAUUUGUUUGGUUUAACGAUUCAGAAUUUUAGGCACCUUAUAUCAAUAUGCCGAAAGAAAUAAUAUUCCGCACACAUUUUCUCAAG